UCCGGUGUUUCCGGUGUCAUUUCCGGUUCCGGUCUCUCCCCGGCCCUUCCCCCCCGGCCCCUCCCCUCCGGGGUCUCCCCGUUGGGCGCCGCCAUCCUCAGGGCCAGCGCCGACGCCAACGCCAAAGCCACGGCCAUGGCGGCGCUGGCCACCGGCCACCGGCUCGCCGGACACACCGGUCACACCAGUAUGACCAGUAUGACCAGUAACACCAGUUCAACCAGCCAGACCAGUCACACCAGCCACACCAGUAACACCAGUAACACCAGUUUAACCAGUAACACCAGUUUGACCGGCGGCGUGACCAGCGUGACCACCAACGCCGCGGCCAAGGCCACCAGUGUGACCAGUUUGACCAGUCCGGCUCCAACCAGUGUGACCAGUUUGACCAGUCCGACUCCAACCAGUGUGACCAGUUUGACCACUGUGACCAGUUUGACCAGUCCGACUCGUCCCAGUUUGACCAGUCCGGCUCCAACCACUGUGACCAGUUUGACCAGUUUGACUAGUCCAACUCGUCCCAGUUUGACCAGUCCAGCUCCAACCGGCGUGACCAGUUUGACCAGUCCAACCAGUUUGAGCAGCCCGACUCGUCCCAGUUUGACCAGUCCAGCUCCAACCACUCCGACCAGUACGACCAGUUCAGCUCCGGCCACCGCCACCAGUUUGACCAGUCCCACUCCAACCGGUGUGACCAGUUUGACCAGUCCAACUCAAACCAGUUUGACCAGUGCUCAGAAGGCCACUGGUGUGACUGGAGUGACCAGUCCGGCUCCGGCCACCGCCACCAGUUUGACCAGUUUGACCAGUCCAACCAGUUUGACCAGUCCAACUCGUCCCAGUUUGACCAGUCCAGCUCCGGCCACCGUCACCAGUCCAACCAGUUUGACCAGUCCAGCUCAGACCAGUGUGACCAGUUUGACCAGUCCAGCUCCGGCCACUGUGACCAGUCCAACCAGUUUGACCAGUCCGGCUCGUCCCAGUAUGACCAGUUUGGCUCCCAGUAACACCAGUAUGACCAGUUUGGCUCCCAGUAACACCAGUAUGACCAGUUUGGCUCCCAGUGUCACCAGUAGGGGCGUGGCCGUGUCUCCCAGUGCUCCCAGUAUAACCAGUAACACCAGUACCGUCAAACCUGCGGCUCCCAGUGCUCCCAGUACGACCAGUACAGGCACGGCCGUGGCUCCCAGUGCUCCCAGUAUGACCAGUGCUGCACCUCAGAGCAUUCCCAGUGCUCCCAGUAUCACCAGUACAGGCCUGGCUGUGGCUCCCAGUGCUCCCAGUAUCACCAGUAACACCAGUACCAUCAAGCCUGCGGCUCCCAGUAUGACCAGUACGACCAUUCCUGCGGCUCCCAGUGCUCCCAGUAACACCAGUACCAUCAAAGCUGCGGCUCCCAGUUCUCCCAGUAUAACCAGUACGAGCGUUCCAGCGGCUCCCAGUGCUCCCAGUAUGACCAGUAUGAACGUUCCUGCGGCUCCCAGUGCUCCCAGUAACACCAGUAUGAGCGUUCCAGCGGCUCCCAGUGCUCCCAGUAUGACCAGUAUGAACGUUCCUGCGGCUCCCAGUGCUCCCAGUAACACCAGUAUGAGCGUUCCUGCGGCUCCCAGUACCACCAGUAUAACCAGUACCAUCAAAGAUGGGGCUCCCAGUGCUCCCAGUAACACCAGUACGAGCGUCCCAGCGGCUCCCAGUGCUCCCAGUAACACCAGUACCAUCAAAGCUGCGGCUCCCAGUUCUCCCAGUAUAACCAGUACGAGCGUUCCAGCGGCUCCCAGUGCUCCCAGUAUGACCAGUAUGAACGUUCCUGCGGCUCCCAGUGCUCCCAGUAACACCAGUAUGAGCGUUCCUGCGGCUCCCAGUACCACCAGUAUAACCAGUACCAUCAAAGAUGGGGCUCCCAGUGCUCCCAGUAACACCAGUACGAGCGUCCCAGCGGCUCCCAGUGCUCCCAGUAUAACCAGUAACACCAGUACGAGCCUUCCAGCAGCUCCCAGUGCUCCCAGUAUGACCAGCACCACCAUUCCUGCGGCUCCCAGUAUCACCAGUAACACCAGUACCGUCAUGGCUGCGGCUCCCAGUGCUCCCAGUAUCACCAGUAACACCAGUACGAGCGUCCCAGCGGCUCCCAGUGCUCCCAGUAUCACCAUUUCUGCAGCUCCCAGUGCUCCCAGUAUAACCAGUAACACCAGUACGAGCCUUCCAGCGGCUCCCAGUGCUCCCAGUAUCACCAGUUCCACCCUUCCAGCGGCUCCCAGUGCUCCCAGUAUCACCAGUUCCACCGUUCCAGCGGCUCCCAGUGCUCCCAGUAUCACCAGUUCCACCGUUCCGGCGGCUCCCGGCGUGGCCCCGCCCACCGCUGACGUCACCACCAAGAGCUCCUCCUCCUCCUCGUCUUCCUCCUCCUCCUCCUCCUCCUCCUCCUCGUCCGACUCCGACUCCGACUCCGACUCCAGUUCCAGCUCUUCCGACUCCGCCCCGCCCUCGCCGGCCCCGCCCACCGGGUCCCCGAGCGCCGUCGCGGCCCCGCCCGCCCAAGCUCCGCCCCCCGAGGGCUCCGGCGCGGCCCCGCCCGAAGGCUCCGCCCCUUCCGGCGCCGCCGCCGCCGUCGCCGUCCCCCGGCGCAAACGCCGCCGCUCUUCCUCCUCCUCCUCCUCCUCCUCUUCCUCCUCCUCCUCCUCCUCCAGCUCCUCCUCUUCCUCCUCCAGCUCCUCCUCUUCCUCUUCCUCCUCCUCUUCCUCCUCCUCUUCCUCUUCCUCCUCUUCCUCUUCCUCCUCCUCUUCCUCCUCCGAGGCCGCGCCCGAAGCCGCGCCCGAGGCCGCCCCUCCCCCUCCUCCUUCCUCCUCCUCCUCCCCUCCCCCUCCUGCCGCCACCACGGCCACGCCCACCCCGGCCACGCCCUCAGUCCCCGCCUCCCCCACGGCCACGCCCACUCCCGCCACGGCCACGCCCACUUCCUCCUCAUCAUCAUCAUCCUCUUCAUCAGCCACGCCCACCUCGGCCACGCCCCUGCUGUCACUCAAACCCGGCGCGGUGGGCGUGGCCUCGGCGGGGCCCCGCCCCCCUGGCUCGCUAUUGGCUCUCACCCCGGGCGGGGGGCGUGGCCUGAGGCCGUCGCCACGCCCCCCCGGUUCUCUGCUCUCAUUGGCCGCCGCCGGGCGGGGAGGGGCGGGGCGUGGGGGGGGUCCUUUCCCCUUAUUGGCCGCUCGCAGCCCAGGCUCCGCCUCCUUCCAGCGAGCGGCCGCGCCCUUUUUGGCCACGCCCACCCGCGGCGGGGGGUGGAGCCCUCGCUCCUCUUCCUCCCCCUUCCUCCAAAGGGGCGUGGCCGGGGGGGCGUGGCCUCGUCUGGGAGGGGGCGGGGCUUGCCUGCACCGUUUCCACGGCAACCUGGGGGCGGGGCUUGGUUGCUCCGGUCGCUUGGGGGGCGGGGCUUGCCUGCACCGUUUCCACGGCAACGUGGGCGUGGCCUCGAUGGCGGCGGCCAAUCGGAUCAGCCCCUGCGGCCACCGCGGUUGCUGCUACCACGGGAGGGGCGGGGCCAUGGGCGGGGCCACGCCUCGAAGCCCCUCCCCCUUCGCCAUGACGCCCAGUAUGGCCGCCCGCAUGGCCCAGUACUCCUCCCAGUACUCCCAGUACGGCUCCUCCUCCUCCCAGUAUAGCCCCGCCUCCUCCUCCCAGUACUCCCAGUACAGCCCCGCCUCCUCUCAGUAUAGCCCCGCCUCCUCCCAGUAUAGCUCCGCCUCCCAGCUCAGCGCCCAGUACCAGUACCAGUACGCCCAGUUGGCUUCCCAGUAUUCCCAGUACUCCCAGUACGGCGCCGCCGACGGCUCCCAGUACGCCACGGACGGCUCCCAGUACGCCCAGUACGCGGCCAGCGCCGCCCAGUACGCGGCGUCCGGCGCCGCCGCUGCCGCUGCCGCGUCAUCGGGAGGGGGCGGGGCCGCCGAGGGCUCCGCCCAGUACGGGGCGGUGACUGGGAACCAGUACGGGGGAGGGGCGGCGGUGACGUCAUCGUCGUCGUCGUCAUCGGGUGGGGGAGGGGCAACAGCAGCGGCGAGCUGGGCGGGGGAGGGGGGAGGGGCGCAGGAUGGGGGAGGGGGGGGAUGGGCGGGGAGUGGGGGAGGGGUGAGCUGGGGGAAUUGGGUGAGCCCCGCCCAGUGA